AUGGGCUCACAUCCCGGCUCCGCGGCCGCGAGUGACGGCGAGGACGACUACAUGAACAUGACCUUCGAAGACACGGCGGCAUCCUCCAAGAAGCACGAGACCCUGACGCAGCGGAAAAAGCGACUCGCCCGCGAAGCCGAGAUCAAGGGCCGCCCGAAGUCCAAGGCCGAACUCGCGCAGGAGGAGCGCAAGAAACGGGAGUCAGCGCUGAACACUACGACGCUAGACACCAGCAACAAGGGAUUCAAGAUGAUGGCGGCACUGGGCUACAAGCCGGGCAGCGCCCUGGGUGCGUCUCGGGCCACAACCGAGGGUGGGAAAGAUGACCGUCUUCUCGAACCUAUCGGCCUGGAGAUGCGAGACUCCCGAUCUGGAAUCGGCGCCGACGCCGAGAAGAAGCGCAAGUUUCGAGAAGAGGUCGAGGCACAGCAAGAAGCGGACAAGAAGAGGAAGGUUGAGGCCGGCGAGUUUCGAGAGCGGCAGCAGAAAGAACGCGAAGAGAAGAAGAUGGAGGGGCAGAUGUGGGCGGCGAUGAAGGUGUGCGAGAGACUAGACGAGGGGGAGGAGCAGGCACAACAGUCCGUCGACCACACCGCCGCCGACGCGACCACGCCAAAAAGGUCAUCAAAGCCUGUGAAGGGCGUCAAUGUCUUGUGGCGCGGCCUCGUGAGGCAGAGAGCCAUCAACGAACGUGAUCGCAGGAUGAGGUAUGACCUCCACCAGUCGUUGUCGCGACGACCCGACUAUAUUGAUCCCGACGAAGACAAGGAGGAUCAAAUGGCGAUGGGGAAGAAAGCGGAUGUGGAGGAGGUCGACGUCGACCUGGAUGAGGAAGACGAAGAGCUCGGCGAGUUCGAGGCCCUCGAGGUGUCGGAGAGGUUGUCGCAGCUCGUGGCAUAUCUGCGAGAGCGGUGGCACUAUUGCUUCUGGUGCAAAUACCGAUACCCAGACGAGAAGAUGGAAGGGUGUCCCGGCACAACAGAGGCAGAUCAUGACUGA